GAACAUGUGGCUGCGGCUUGGCCUGCCCUCGCUGUCCCUGAGCCCCAAGCCCACAGUUGGCCGGAGCCUGUGCCUCACCCUGUGGUUCCUGAGCUUGGUGCUGAGGGCCAGUACCCAGGCCCCAGCACCCACAGUCAAUACUCACUUUGGGAAGCUAAGGGGUGCCCGGGUACCAUUGCCCAGUGAGAUCCUGGGGCCUGUGGACCAAUACCUUGGGGUGCCCUACGCAGCCCCCCCCAUCGGCGAGAAACGUUUCCUGCCCCCUGAACCACCCCCAUCCUGGUCGGGCAUCCGGAACGCCACACACUUUCCCCCAGUGUGCCCCCAGAACAUCCACACAGCUGUGCCCGAAGUCAUGCUUCCUGUCUGGUUCACGGCCAACCUGGAUAUCGUCGCUACUUACAUUCAGGAGCCCAACGAAGACUGCCUCUACCUGAACGUCUAUGUGCCCACGGAGGAUGUAAAGCGGAUUUCCAAGGAAUGCGCCCGAAAGCCCAACAAGAAAAUUUGUAGGAAAGGAGGAUCCGGCGCUAAGAAACAGGGCGAGGACUUAGCGGAUAAUGACGGGGAUGAAGAUGAAGACAUCCGGGACAGUGGCGCUAAGCCUGUCAUGGUCUACAUCCAUGGAGGCUCUUACAUGGAAGGGACAGGCAACAUGAUUGACGGCAGCGUCCUGGCCAGUUAUGGCAACGUCAUCGUCAUCACCCUCAACUAUCGGGUUGGAGUGCUAGGUUUCCUGAGCACUGGUGAUCAGGCUGCCAAGGGCAACUAUGGGCUCCUUGACCAAAUCCAGGCCCUCCGCUGGGUGAGCGAGAAUAUCGCCUUCUUCGGUGGCGAUCCCCGCCGUAUCACCGUCUUUGGCUCGGGCAUUGGCGCGUCCUGUGUCAGCCUCCUCACGCUGUCGCAUCACUCUGAGGGGCUUUUCCAGAGGGCCAUCAUCCAAAGUGGUUCUGCUCUGUCCAGCUGGGCUGUGAACUACCAACCGGUGAAGUACACCAGCCUGCUGGCAGACAAGGUAGGCUGUAACGUGCUAGACACUGUCGACAUGGUGGACUGUCUUCGGCAAAAGAGUGCCAAGGAGCUGGUAGAGCAGGACAUCCAGCCUGCCCGCUACCAUGUGGCCUUUGGCCCCGUGAUUGACGGUGAUGUCAUUCCUGAUGACCCGGAGAUUCUCAUGGAACAGGGCGAGUUCCUCAACUAUGACAUCAUGCUAGGUGUCAACCAGGGUGAGGGGCUCAAGUUUGUGGAAGGGGUGGUGGACCCUGAGGAUGGUGUCUCUGGCACUGACUUUGACUACUCAGUCUCCAACUUUGUGGACAAUCUGUACGGCUAUCCUGAGGGUAAGGACACCCUGCGGGAGACCAUCAAGUUCAUGUACACAGACUGGGCAGACCGUGACAAUCCUGAGACCCGCCGUAAAACACUGGUGGCGCUCUUCACUGACCACCAGUGGGUGGAGCCCUCAGUGGUGACAGCUGAUCUGCACGCCCGCUAUGGCUCGCCUACCUACUUCUACGCCUUCUACCAUCACUGCCAGAGCCUCAUGAAGCCUGCUUGGUCAGACGCAGCUCAUGGGGAUGAAGUACCCUACGUUUUCGGUGUCCCUAUGGUAGGCCCCACUGACCUUUUCCCCUGCAACUUCUCCAAGAAUGACGUUAUGCUCAGUGCUGUCGUCAUGACCUACUGGACCAACUUUGCCAAGACCGGGGAUCCCAACAAGCCGGUCCCCCAGGACACCAAGUUCAUUCACACCAAGGCCAACCGCUUUGAGGAAGUGGCCUGGUCCAAAUACAAUCCCCGAGACCAGCUCUACCUUCACAUCGGCCUGAAGCCAAGGGUCCGCGAUCAUUACCGUGCCACUAAGGUGGCCUUUUGGAAACACCUGGUGCCCCACCUAUACAACCUGCAUGACAUGUUCCACUACACGUCCACAACCACCAAAGUGCCGCCCCCGGAUACCACCCACAGCUCCCACAUCACCCGCAGGCCCAAUGGCAAGACCUGGAGCACCAAGCGGCCAGCCAUCUCCCCCGCCUACAGCAACGAGAACGCCCAAGGGUCCUGGAACGGGGACCAGGAUGCAGGGCCGCUCCUGGUGGAGAACCCUCGUGACUACUCCACUGAAUUAAGCGUCACCAUCGCCGUGGGGGCCUCCCUCCUCUUCCUUAAUGUCCUGGCCUUCGCCGCCCUCUACUAUCGGAAGGACAAGCGGCGUCAGGAGCCCCUGCGGCAGCCCAGCCCUCAGAGGGGAGCCGGGGCUCCUGAAUUGGGAGCUGCUCCCGAGGAGGAGCUGGCAGCACUGCAGCUGGGCCCCACCCACCACGAGUGUGAGGCGGGUCCCCCCCAUGACACCCUGCGCCUCACUGCACUGCCCGACUACACGCUGACCCUGCGGCGCUCCCCUGAUGACAUCCCACUCAUGACCCCCAACACUAUCACUAUGAUCCCCAACUCCCUGGUGGGGCUGCAGACAUUGCACCCCUAUAACACCUUUGCCGCAGGGUUCAACAGUACCGGGCUGCCCCACUCACACUCCACCACCCGGGUAUAG